AUGAAUAUUGAUGAAAAUUCUAUGUUUUCUAAGAUUUAUCACUCAAAUCCUACAUUUCCAGAAGAUUUCCAAGAAUACAUACCUCAAUCUGAUCAGUCAAUGUCUAUUUUUUCAUAUAUUUCCAGAAAUCAUCCAGAGAUUACUUGGGCGAAUCCUAAUGCAUUAGCAAAUAACGUUAUUUAUGUUUUAUACGUUCUCAGUCCCAAUAAUCCAUCAUCUACAACUAAAUCGAAGCUACAAUUUUGCAUCCUCGCUCUCGCAACAAAUACAAUUUCAGAAUUUCUUUCAAAAGUUAUAUGUCCGAUGUGUAAAAUAAGUGAAUCGAUAUCUAUAGAGCACAACAAGCCUAGAAAAAUACAAUUUGAAGGCAUGCCAAUUUAUGAUUUUGCCUCAAAUUUUGAUCAGAAACUUGGAGACCUAAUAACAGAAUUAAAUAGUCCAAUAACAUAUACAUCGCGUGGUGGUUGCAUCCAUCAUAUCCUUGCUGUUGCGGCCUAUUCAGUCAAAGCAGAAAACACUGAUUUUUUUCCAUGUGUAAUGAAAACAGUUGGAUCAUCACCUUCCCUUUGCAGCAAAUGUGGUGUUUCCGCAUGUAAAUUCGCAUUUAAACCUGAAUCAGGAGACAUUAUUCAAUUAUUAUGCCAAAAAUGUUCUUCUGGCUAUGACCAGAGUCGAUUAAUUAGCUUAGAAGGAACGUUCUUUUGA